AUGACUUCUCAUGAUAUCCAGAAAGAUAUUGUGAGUGCUUGUAAGAUUGAAACAAUUAAGGCUAAAAUAGAGGACUUAAAUGGUGACUACUUUGCUCUGUUGGUUGAUGAAUCUAGAGAUGUGUCACGCAAAGAGCAAAUGGCUAUUUGUUUACGAUAUGUUGAUAAAAGGGGAUUUGUGAUGGAGGCAUUUAUUGGACUUGUUCAUGUUAAAGAUACUAGUGCGUUAUCUCUAAAGAAAGCAAUUGUGGAUGUACUCGCUCACCAUUCUUUAACUUUAUCCUAUGUACGGGGGCAAUGUUAUGAUGGGGCAAGCAAUAUGCAAGGUGAGCUUGGUGGUCUUAAAACGUUGAUCAAACAAGAAAGUAGAUCGGCUCAUUCCGUUCAUUGUUUUGCUCAUCAACUUCAACUAACUCUUGUUGCGGUUUCUAAAAAGUGUGUUCAAGUGGGAGAACUUGUACUCUUGGUUUAA